AUGUUACUAUAUCAAACUAUUAUACAGAAUCUUUUAAAUUAUGAUCUUGCGAAUUUGAUAGAGAUAGAAAGAUAUAUCUGCUUUGAUAAUAAUGCUAAAUAUUCUACCCAGGCAUCGCCCAAUAAUUGUGAUAAUAAUAAAGAGAACAGCAAUAAAAUACUGACUUACCAAAUAAAUACUGAUUCUAAAGAAUAUAAUAAUAUAUCGGAUAAUAUAAAUAGUGGAGUUGUGAUAACUUCAGAAGACAUAUCCAAUAAUACAGUUUUUGAUUCUUGG